AUGUCGCUGCCGCCAAACCUCACCCAGCAGCAUGUGCGGGAUGUGCAUCAGAAGUUUAAUCAGAUGAAGCAGCAGGGCGUCCGAGAAGACGACCCAGAGUAUAUCAAAGCCCACAAUUUCCUGAUGGCUGUCCAGCAGACCCAUCUCAUUAACAAACAGCGACAAGCUUUUGCGCAGCAACAACGCCAACAACAGGCGGCACAGCAGCAGCAACAAGCUGGUACUCCUGUCGCUAAUGGCGUCAAUGGCCGUUCCCAACGUCCAGGUCCUCAGAGCCAAACCCCUUCUGCUGGUGCGCCUGCCAAUGCUGCCACACCGAUCCCUAACGGCCAGGUCGGCACUCCGCAAAAACCAAACCUCCCUGCGAGCACGAGCUUCACCCCCGAACAAUUGUCCACUUUGCGGAACCAAAUUCUUGCAUUCAAGCUCCUCUCGAAGAAUUUGGCUAUUCCACCCCAUGUGCAACAGCAACUCUUUGCUUCUCAGCAAGCUAAGAGAGCCGCUUCUAUCGGUCAGGAUAUGACUGCCGCGAACGAUGCUCUCAAUGCCGCUGCGCCGAGCUCCGCUGUCGCUCAAGCCACCCCGACCACUGAUGGCGAACAUGCGAAACCCGAAGAGCCCGAGCCCCGCAAUGGUUAUCAGACAUUUACCUCGCCUUACAAACAUCUUCAACAGUCCAUUGGCUACGCCGACCAUGGCUUGAGAGACAAGCGAUUGAUGGUGCCCAGUAUCAUGCCCGUCGGUGUCGACGUGGAUCAGAUUCGCGAGGAGCGGGAGCGAUUGGUCUACAACCGCAUCAUGUCUCGCAAGACAGAGUUGGAGCAAUUGCCGGCCAAUCUUGGCGUAUGGGACACCAGCAAAUCGGAUGCGCCCAACGGGGAUGACUCGCUGAAGCUCAAGGCUUUGAUUGAAUACAAGAUGCUGUGUUUGCUGCCCAAGCAGAGAGCGCUUCGACAGCAAAUCAGUCGAGACAUGAUCAUGUCGGAUAACCUUGCCAUGACGGCAAACCGUGCAUUGUAUCGCAGAAUGAAGCGACAAUCGCUCCGCGAGGCUCGUAUCACGGAGAAACUAGAGAAGCAGCAGCGGGACGCUCGCGAGUCGCGAGAGAAGAAGAAGCAGUAUGAUCAUCUCCAAGCCGUUCUCAACCACGGCCGCGAGAUUCAGAUGGCUGCUCAGAACCAGCGGCAGCGUGUGCAGAAGCUUGGUCGUAUUAUGAUUCAGCACCACCAGCACAUUGAAAAGGAAGAACAGAGACGUGUGGAGAGAACUGCCAAGCAGCGUUUGCAAGCCUUGAAGGCCAACGACGAGGAGACUUAUCUUAAGUUGCUCGGCCAGGCCAAGGACUCUCGUAUCUCGCACCUCUUGUCGCAGACUGACAAUUUCUUGAGCCAGCUUGCGAGUUCCGUCAAAGAACAGCAGCGUUCAGCCGCCGCUCGGUAUGGCGAAGGAGAGUUCCCCGCCGAAGAAGAGGAAGAAGGCGAAGAGGUUGAUGAGGGUGGCACCAGCCAGAUCAAUUACUACCAGGUGGCGCACCGCAUCCAGGAAGAGGUUAAGGUGCAACCUUCGAUUCUGGUCGGUGGUACGCUCAAGGAGUACCAGAUCAAGGGUCUUCAGUGGAUGAUUUCCUUGUACAACAACAAUUUGAACGGUAUCCUGGCUGAUGAAAUGGGUCUUGGCAAGACGAUCCAGACAAUCAGUUUGAUUACCUAUCUGAUCGAGAUGAAGAAGCAAAAUGGCCCGUUCCUGGUCAUUGUGCCGCUGAGUACCCUGACCAACUGGAACCUGGAGUUUGAGAAAUGGGCUCCCUCAAUUAAGAGAAUUGUUUACAAGGGGCCGCCUAACGUUCGGAAGCAGCAACAGCAGCAGAUUCGCUGGGGUGACUUCCAGGUGCUACUUACGACAUAUGAGUACAUUAUCAAGGACCGGCCGAUUCUUUGCAAGAUCAAGUGGAUUCAUAUGAUUGUCGACGAAGGUCAUCGUAUGAAGAAUACUCAGUCAAAGCUCAGUAGCACAUUGACGAGUUACUACACCUCGCGGUACCGACUCAUUUUGACCGGUACCCCGUUGCAAAACAACCUGCCGGAGCUGUGGGCACUGCUCAACUUUGCAUUGCCAACCAUUUUCAAGUCUGUCAAAUCGUUUGACGAAUGGUUCAAUACGCCGUUUGCCAACACUGGUGGCCAGGACAAGAUGGAAUUGACGGAAGAAGAGCAGCUGCUCGUCAUUCGUCGUCUGCACAAGGUUCUUCGGCCUUUCUUGCUGCGUCGUCUGAAGAAGGAUGUGGAAAAGGACUUGCCUCAAAAGCAAGAGCGCGUCAUCAAAUGCAAGUUUUCGGCUCUCCAGUCCAAGCUGUACCGGCAACUGGUCAACCACAACAAGCUCGUCGUCAGCGACGGCAAAGGGGGCAAGACUGGCAUGCGUGGUUUGAGCAACAUGCUUAUGCAGUUGCGAAAGCUUUGCAACCAUCCAUUUGUGUUUGACGAGGUUGAAGAGCAGAUGAACCCGGGCAGGGGCAGCAACGACUUGCUCUGGCGUACGGCGGGUAAGUUUGAGCUGCUGGACCGCAUCCUACCCAAAUUCAAGGCGACCGGCCACCGCGUCUUGAUGUUCUUCCAAAUGACGCAGAUUAUGAAUAUCAUGGAAGACUUUUUGCGACUCCGUGGGCUGAAAUAUCUUCGUUUGGAUGGUUCUACAAAGGCGGAUGAUCGGUCCGACUUGCUCAAGGUUUUCAACGCACCAGGCUCGGACUACUUUUGCUUUUUGCUCUCGACGCGUGCUGGUGGUCUUGGUUUGAAUUUGCAGACGGCUGACACGGUUAUUAUCUUUGACUCGGACUGGAAUCCGCACCAAGACUUGCAGGCACAGGAUCGUGCCCACCGUAUCGGCCAGAAGAAUGAAGUGCGCAUCCUGCGACUGAUUAGCUCCAACUCUGUCGAAGAAAAGAUUCUUGAGCGUGCCAACUAUAAAUUGGACAUGGAUGGCAAAGUCAUUCAGGCCGGAAAGUUUGACAACAAGUCGACCAACGAAGAGCGGGAAGCGCUGUUGCGAGUCAUGCUCGAGAGUGCCGACGCGUCGGACAAUCUUGAACAGGAUGAGAUGGAUGAUGAUGAUCUCAACGCCAUCAUGACCCGUUCGGAUGACGAAUUGAUUGUUUUCCAGAAACUAGAUGCCGAGCGUGCCAGGGAUCCCAGAUAUAGUGGCGAAAAGGGUCUUCCGCGGCUAAUGGGCGAGUCGGAGCUGCCAGAAAUAUACAUGGCCGAUGACAAUGCCGUUGUUGAGGAAAUUGAAGAAACCAUGGGCCGUGGCGCGCGUGAGCGAACUCGUGUGCGGUACGAUGACGGCCUUACAGAGGAACAAUGGCUCGAGGCGGUUGACAAUGACGAGGACACGAUUGAAGAGGCAAUUGCGCGACGCGACGCCAAAAUGGCACGUCGUGCGGCGAACAAGGAGAAGAAGCAGCGUCGGGGGGACCAAGGGCCUGACGAGUCACCGCCGCCGCCUGACCGGGACAGCUCUGAGACACCACAACCCCGCAAGCGUGGCCGCAAGCCGCUCAAGGAGAAGCGCAAGGCGGAAGAAGUGCUUGAAGAGCCAACGCCGAAGCGGAAGCGUGGCCGGCAGUCCAAGGCCGCCAUGAUGGAAACCUUGACAUUAGAAGAAAGGGCGGUUCACCAAAAGAUUUUCAACAAUGUGUUUGAGCAUGUUGUCGAUUUGGAAGAGCCGAUUACCGGAGAGUUCAAUGACGAGGGCGACCAGAUUGUCCGCGGCGUUACCGAACAUUUUAUGAAGCUUCCACCAAAGAGUCUUCCGGGUUACUAUGCCAUUAUUCAGAAUCCCAUGUGUCUGGAUAUGAUUAGGAAGCGCAUCAACAAGGAGGAGUACCAGAGCGUCAAGGAGUUUAGGGAUGAUCUGCGGACAAUGUGUAAUAACGCGAGGACAUUUAACGAGGAUGCCAGUCAACUCUUCCAGGAUGCCAAUACCAUUGAGGCUGUGUUUAACCAAAAGCUCAAAGAUGAAUUGGAGAAAUACCCCGACAUUGCAGCAGCCCUAGGAGAUGCUGAUGACGCGCAAUCCUCGGCGUCUGCGACUGCUGGCAUGGACGGCGUGUCGUCGACUGGUCUAGUAUCUGGAGCCGAUACGCCACUUGGCGGAGCGGCCUCGUCGGUGGGAUUUGGAGGAGCACGAGCUCAAACGAGUAGCACACCCACGCCCGGUCCCGGACCGACCAAGCUCAAAUUGACCAUGGGAUCAAAGAGUGGCGGUAGUGGUCCCGGCGCACAUGGCCAAAGUCAAGCGUAUCCGAAUGGAAGAGAAAGUACGGGCAUGAGCGAUGACGAGUAA